CCGCCCAAUAGAACAGCCCCUAACUCAGUAAUCCCAAGAUGGCGUCAGGUGUGAUAUUGUUCACGGUUUGUGGGCAGAAUUUAUGUUGAUGUGCCGUGCUUAAGGCUCUAACGGCAGCUGUUACUCCACUAACAGCCCCAGCGCCCUACAGGAGGCGAACUUGACGAGACUCUGCUGUUCGUACGGGCGGGGAGAAGGCGGGAAAACUUGCAGACGACAGGUUCCCUCAGUGCACCUGUCCGUUAGUUCUGGUCCCGUUAUACGUGUUUGCACCAGGAUGAGACUGGUACUUUUCCUGGCGGUUCUUACAGCGGUGCUGGCGCAGACUCUCGCCGAGGAGGGCGCCACGGAGCUUCCGACGGGUUUCCCAGCCGAGCCGACGGCGGGCCCGUGCGACGGCGUGUCUUGCCUGCACGGGGGCACCUGUACGGAGCAGGCGGGCGGGGCGGCAUGCGUGUGCGCCCCGGGGUACCAGGGGACACAGUGCGAGCUUGAGACAGACGAGUGUUCCCCCAACCCCUGCGUACACGGCACCUGCCAGGACCUGAUUGAGACAGACGAGUGCUCCCCCAACCCCUACGCACAUGGCACCUGCCAGGACCUGAUCAAACUGUAG